AUGACCACUCGCCCCCGUCCGCGCGAGCUACGCCCCACCGAGUCGUACACGUCCCUCACCGGCGUCACGAUCGCCUUCACCGCCGACCCGCUCCCGUACGAGGCCCCGUCGUCGUCCGGCGGCGAGGUGCGCCGUCCGCUCACCGACGUGCAGCGCAAAGGCCCGCCCGCUGCACACGCCGCCCUCGCGCACGAUGCCGCCGAGUCGUCGUCGUCGUUGUCGAAACGGUUCGGCCUCGUGGCGCGCCCCAAGCUGCACACGAGCGACUCGGCCCUGUCGGUCGUCAGCAACGCUUCGACCACGAGCGACCUCGUCGUGUCGGCGAGCGACCCUAUGCCCUCGCCGUUCUUCGUCCCGCCGCCGGCCAAGCCGCUGCGCCACCUCGCACGAUCGCCCGCCGAGCCGCACCACGACGCACAGCGUGCGCCGUCGCCCUUCCCCCGACCCGAGUCGCCCCUUCCAGCCCUCCCCUCCUCCACCCUCGCCCGCCCGCCAGCACCGCCUCCCGCUCCGCGUUACCCGGCCCCGCCGACCGCGCACAACUCGCUCGCCGCGUUCAAGGCGGCCCAGGCCCGGGCCGACAGCCAGGGCGGGUGCAGCUCGUCGACGCACCGCACGAGCAGCGACGUCGACCUCGACCUGUCGUUCGAGCGUGCGCAGCGCGACAGUCGGGGGAGCUCGUCCCUCCUUCACGACGAGCUCGUCGUCGAGGCGCACGAGCACGAGCGCGAGGGCGAGCGGGAGGGCGAGCGGGACGACGGCGGCGGGCACGACUGGGUCGGCAUCGAGGUGCAGCAGCACUCGUCGCCGCGCCCGGCGGUGCACGACAUCCCCGAGCGCGACCUGGUGCGCAGCAGUAGCGGGCAGCUCGUUGGCGCGCGGUACGCUCGGGCGACGAGCGCCGUGGACCUGCGCGCCCAGUUCAAGGCGGCCGCCGACGCCGACGCCGCCCGAGGCGCGCACGACGUCGCCAUCACGAUCGGCGCGCUCGGCUCGACGGCGGGCGAGUGGCGGUACAGCGGCGAGGGCGAGGGCGAGGGCGACGACGAGGCCGAGUACGACGCCGUGCGCCGGCACGUCAUCCGGCAGGGCAAGCGCCCGCUCGAGGGUGCGCGCGCGCAGCACGAGCACGACGAGUACGCCCUGACGGCGCCGCUCGAGCACGUCGCGCGCUUCGACGCCCUGUCGCCGCCGCACGAGCACGAGCAGGACGGCGCCGGGUUCGCGUACAACACGACGGGCGCGCUGUGGCGCGAGCCGCCGCGCUCGGCGCCGCCGCUGUCGCAGCCGACGUUCGCCGACCGCCAGCAGCAGCAUCAGCAGGGCCACGCGUCGAGACCGUCGCAGAGCCGGGGCUUCCCGCUCCCACUGCGGCUGCUGCAGCAGACCAAGCGCUCGACCGAGGCGCUCAUGUCGCCCGUGUCGGCCUUUGCGCGCUCGACGGCGACGGCGACGACGGGCGGCAGCCGAGUGCGUGCCGCGACGGCUGGGACCGUCGCCGACUCGGACAUCGACUCGCUCGCCGGCGCGUCGCCCAUGUUCGACUCGGACGGCGACCACGACCACGACAGCACGGUGCGCACGGCGCCGUCGACGCCCAACGACACGCCCCUGUUCCAGGACUGCUUCGACUCGGACGACACGACGCCGCCCAUGCCGCACCGCCUCGGCUCGUCGGCGCUCGCCGGCCUCGGGCUCGACUUUGGCGAGCGCGACGACGCCGAGGCCCGCGACGAGUUCCCGCUCGUCCCCCUGCGGCACAACGUGCGCCGUGUGUCGCUCCCACCUGUCGCAGAGCGGCGCCGCUCGGUCCGCCACGACAAGAUCCCGUCGCUGUCGAUCUCGCCGCCACGACCGCCACCUGUCGCCGAGGAGCGUCCGAGCGAGGACGGCGCGCGCUCGGUCGGGACGAGCUCGUCGACGCUGUCGUCGCACGACUCGGGCGUCGACCCGACCGUGUCGCCGUCGAGGCGCCUCUCGCGCCGCCUCUCGCUCGCGGCGGCGGGCCCUGCUUCGACUACAAGCGCCGACCUCGCCUCUCGACCUCCUCCCGCCUCGCGCCCGUCGGUCCACUUUGACUCGCGUCCGACCUCGUUCCCCUUCCUGCACAAGACCGACACGCCCUCGUCGGCGACGUCGUCGAGCGCGGCCGGGCCCUCGAUCCCGACGCCGCAGCACCUGCUCGUGUCGCCGUCGCCCGGGCCAGGCGGCAUCAAGCGCGACCCGUCCUUCUCGUUCAGCCCGGCACCGCUCCGGCUCGUCAAGGUGCAGCUGCUGCGCGCGGCCGGGUACGGCUCGAGCGCCGAGUCGCCGGCUGCGGGUGCGGGCGCGCCGGCGCAGGACGCCCAGCCGGCGUCGCCUGGCGCGCCCGUCGAGGCGACGGUCGACGUUGCGGCGGCGGUCGGCGACGGAGAGACGGCGGCGAGGAGCAGGAGGGCGAGCCCGGUCGCGUGGUGGGACGACUUGGGCGGGUGGUUCCAGGCGCCGAGUGGGUGGGUCGACGAGGUCGUGCCCGCCAAGCUUGCCUUCCUUGCCGGCUUCCUUUUCUUCGCGCCCUGGCUCUGGCUCCUCGGCGGGUGGUACCUGCGCCCUCUCGACGGCGAGUUCCACUCGCAGCGUGGGACUCGCUGCAGGGACGAGCAGUGCGGGUGCGGGCGCAUCAUGCGCGGGUCGGGCUCGCGAGGAGUGGGAGUCGCGGCGCACGGGACCAAGGGCGCGCAGGUCGGCGGCGGCGAGCGGUACGCCGGGCUCGACCGGUGGGUGUUUAUGAACCGGGUGGCGGCGACGGGAGGAGGGGCGGGCGUCGCGGCGCUGUUCGGCGUCGCUCACCCGAUCCUGCAAGCGUUCCAGACGCGUCUCGAGGGCAACGAGCUCUUCAAGAGCGGCGACUACCGCGGCGCGCUUCUCAAGUACCACGCCGUUCUCGCCGCGCUUCGCGGCGUGCACUGGCCUGCGGGCGGCACGACCCAGGCGACGACUUCUACGACCUCAUCGCCCGUCGCCAGCGACGGGGAGGAGAGCGACGAGCUCGAGACGGCCGAGGGCCAGGACGACGGUAACAACGAGGGCGAUGUCGAGGUCAAGGGCAAGGGCAAGGCCAAGCAGGAGCAGUUCAAGGCGCCCGAGAAGACGCAGCCCGACGACGAGAACAUGGACAAGCAGAUCAAGGACGCGCUCAAGAACACGUACCUCAACUCGGCCGCCAUCUACGUCAAGCAGGAGCGCUGGUCGCGUGCCCUCGAGUCGGCCAAGGCGGCGCAAAAGUACGAGGAGACCAGCCUCAAGGCCAAGUCCCGCGAGGGGCAGGCGCUCAUCGGGCUCGGGCGCAUCUGGGAGGGCAAGCGGCUCCUCGAGGAGCUGCAGACGACCAACCCGGACUCGGCCGUCAAGGCGGCGCUCGCCAAGCUCGACCAGGACGAGGCCAAGCGCGAGACCGACAAGCAGGCGGCGUUCAGGGGCAUAUUCCACCGCGACACGCCGUCGAGCAAGAAGGACAAGCAGGCCGACGCCGCCGUUCCCGCCCCGUUCUCCUUUGGUCCCGGCUCGCACGUCUCGUCCGAGAUGCGCGCUGCCUCCCGCCCGUACUUCUUCGGUACGCAGGCGUCGGGCGGUCCGCGCCCGAGAAAGACUCCCGACCGCAAGCCCGGAGCUGUCGAGAGCGCCCCGGCGCCGAAGAAGGAGGAGGAUGCGGACGAGGAGGAGGAGAAGGACUCGGACUCGUCGGCGAUGCCGCACGCGUCGACGAGCAAGGGCGACUCGCCGACAGCCAAGGUCGUCGAGGACGUCAAAAACGUCGUCAUCGACGAGAAGGAGGAGCAGAAGCCGGUCGCCAUGAGCGAGCAGGAGUGA